CCUCGUUAGCUCGCUUCUGGUAUAUAAAAUGUGUUUCCUUCUGGCACAUUUCCGAUACCCUUCUCGCCGCUUUUCUCACGUGCGUACGUCGUGCAUACGUAAUGCAGUGUCUCUAGUAGUGCGAGACAAGGGUAGUCCUCGUCUGACACGCUGCGACAUUCAUUCACUACGUAGCGGCACUGGUGUCGAUCGCUUGGUUCGUGAACCUUGACGAAGACUCGCUGGUCACAUGUUUACGCAACAGGUUUACGGGGAACCAUAUUGUCCGAAGGCGAGGUUGAGGUAUACCCAUAAGAGUACGUGAAAGAAAUUGAUAUGGACUCGCAGGAAACCGCGAACAGAGUGGCCGAACCUGCUUCGGACCACGGAGAAACUAUGGUGAAGCCAAACGUUCCUUUACCACCGCAAGGAUUUCAGGCGCGACCGCCAGGUCCCCCUCCGUCUCCCAGAAAUUCGAUAAAUAAUGGUCCCAUAGGCGCACCUCGGCCGGGACCACCAUUACGGCGACUGGACAGCCGUUCCUCUCUAGGUCCACCGCCAGCCUCGGGUCAGUUCGUGCAGCUCAGACCCUACGGUCCACCAAGGCCACCGGGGGGCUCUUUCCCUCCAAGGUCGCCGCAACCUGGCCAGCUGCCACCGCAGAAUCCGCUGCUACCCCCGAAUCAACGUUUCGCGUACUCUCCGGGGAUCCGAGGUCCUCCGCCGCAGGGAGCGGGAGGUCAACGGCCACCCUUCGCUGUUAACCAACAGGCGUAUCAGGCACAGCAGCAGCAGCAGCAGCAGCAGCAGCAGCAACAGCAGCAACAACAGCAGCAACAACAGCAGCGGGGCGGCGAUCCGCGAUUUCAGCGACCGGACGUCGCGCCUCCCCAGGGCGAACCGCGACGACCCAGCCAAGAAUCCGUUUUCCCGCGGCAGUUACUGAGAAAUGACUCGCUGCUGAGCCUGCAGCGGCAGCAUCUUUUGUCAAACGAGGAGCUCAAGCAACCGACACGACCGCGCAUCGUCAUCGAGAAAAUGGCGGACAUCAAUGAGACCGGCGCGGGUGUUGAUAAGCCGGAGGGUUAUCUGCAGAGAAAGAGGUCCGAUGUUCGCGAGAACGGCGAGAAUGACGACGACGACGAUGUCGUGAUGGAUAACAAGAAGUCGCCGCGACACAAUGGCGACGGUGCUCCCGAGGGGUUGGUGAACGGCUCCAAAUCGCCCUCAACCCCGAGGAGAGUCGAUGACGCCAGUAGACCUACGAGCCGACCGGGAACGGCUAUCGAGGAUAAGGUGGAAAGAAUGGACUCAAGACCAAUUUCUGCUAACGUCGAUGAUACGGCGACUUACUUUUCUCAGAGCAGACCAUCCUCUGCAGUAAGCAGUGAUAAAGAGCGAAAAAGAGAGGAACCGCCCGAUGGCAGACCGCCGUCGAGUAGAGAGAUCAACGCUGCAUCGGUAUCCGAGGAGAUAAAAAAGCCCAGCAGCCCGUAUAACACCAACGACGCGCUCAAGAACGUUGAACAGAGCAUGAAGAUUCCUUCGAAGUCUUCGGACAGUUCGCGAUCUGUCACCCCGUCUUAUCUGGAUACGCCUAGGAACGCGGAACAGGACAGGAAUCCGGAUAAAUCGCGUUCCGGCACUCCGGCCCGACUGGAGCCGCCUGGAAACGCAGAACGGGAGUCGCGGACGCCGGUCAAGACUCCGGAUAAGUCGCGCUCGAGUACCCCAGCCGGUUUAGAAUCGUUCGGAAACGCGGAACAGGAAUCGAGAACACCAGAGAAGGCGCCAGAAAAGUCGCGCGCGAGUACGCCGGCUUCGCAGUUGGCGCCGUCUCCGAAUGCGGAGAAAGAGCCCGACAGGUCGAGUACACCUCGAGCUGGAAUGGAACCGAGCAACGAUGAGGCCGAGCCGGACAAACCCGCCGAAGGCGCUCUGCGGGUGAAAGAGUCUAGUAGACCAGCGUCAUCGUUGAGUUCGACGAGCGGCAAGUCGCCGAGGUCACCCACGACACCGGGGAAUCGAGACAAACCGUCAGGAUUGAUCUCGCCGAGGUCGCCCGAGGGUAUAAAGGGCUACGAUAACGGGCAGCAGAGAACGCUGUCCUCCAGCCACGGCCCUCGAUCACCGAAGUCUCCCGUCGAUAGUGGGAAACGGACAGAGGACGGGAAGAAGAAAACGUCCUUCGUCGAAGACUCGGCCGUUGAAAAGGCGAUGGAAAUGGCGAACAAGACAGCGGCGUCGAAGCCCACCUCUCUAACGUCCAAGACUCCGCGCGCGCAAACAUCGGCGAGACCGGACGACGAGAAGAAAGCUGCGGAGAAAAAAGCGGUCCAAAACGGUAGAACAAGGGACUCGCAAGGCAGCGGGGCGCUGAGCACGGAUGGGGAUGCCGACAAAAGAUCGAACGCAGGGUCGCCUACGAAAUCCGCAAAAUCAUUACCGCGAACCCCCGACGGACCUUCGACUGCUCAAGAGAAAAAAAAGCUGCCGAUGAAUAAAGUUCAAGUCGGCGCUGCGCCCUCCCCGAACUUGAAGGUUGUACGGUCGAAGAUCGGUUCUCUAGACAACGCGAGUUACAAGCCGGGCGGCGGUAAAGUGAAAAUUGAGAACAGGAAGCUUGACUUCAGCAAAGCGCAACCGAAGAUCGCCGCGAAGAACGACAAAUACACGCCCAGCGGUGGCGACAAAAAGAUAUCCCAAGUGAAACUUCAAUGGAACGCCAAGUCCAAAGUGGGCUCCUUGGACAAUACAACUUACAAGCCAGGCGGCGGCGACAAGAAGAUCGAAACGGUAAAGCUCGACUUCAAAGAUAAAGCGAAGCCAAAAGUCGGAUCCAAAGAUAACGCGAAGCACGUUCCUGGUGGCGGCGCUGUCAAGUCCGCAACUUCACCAAAGACACCGCAGGAAGCGAAGAACGACAUCCCGACGCAAAAGGUAGAUGUCAAGGCCGAAAGCAAAAUCGGUUCAUUGGACAACGUGAAGCACAAGCCGGGCGGUGGCGACAAAAAGAUCUUCAACGACAGAGAUUAUCUCCGGCAGACGAGUUCCAACGUUGAGAGCGUCAACGGCAGCGGGUCCCAGAGCCCCGUGCCCUCCGGCGCGAUCACCGAUUCCGGCAAGAACGGCCUGCCAGCCUCGGACGAGAACCUGAACCAGGAAUGCUAGGUCACGAAAAGUCGGCCGAUAGACCCGCUUUAAUUAUCUCAUUUGCAUGUGAUUAAUCACGUUUUAUCCAUCUACCCCCCCCGUUGGAGGACGAACGAGCGCUGUCCUCGCGCGAUCGAGAGAAACGUUGACGGCGCACGGGACUCCUCCGAAGAAAGGAGGAUCGCGAUCGAUAUUUUAUUUCGCGCCGCGAGCGAGCAAAUUUGCGCGACGGGCGAGUUAAAUCCACAGAGCGAGGCAACACACGUCCGCGUAUUAUCAUCGCGUUGAUUUGUUGUCGAGUACAAUGCGAGGUUCCCGGGUAUCUUUCCCUUGGGCAAAUUUACUUUAAAUAAAAUUAAAGUUUGUAAAAGUAAUCUUUCAAAUCUAAGAGUUCGCUUAAA